GGGAGGGAGGUGAGGAAGGAGGGAGCGACCCGAAAUUAUUUUGUAUGCCUUUGUUUCCUUGUCUGGCGGGGAGGGACGGAAAGCCGGAGGGGACAAAGAGCCGGGGGCGAAGCGGCUCCUGGGGCCUUGCGCGCGGGAUGGGGCGGCUGUGAGCGAGCGGGGCGGGAAGGCGAAGGAGGCCGAGGCCUGCUUGGUUCGCCUCGGGCCUGGAGAGAGGAUGAAGCGCCGGAGCGCCGACUGCAGCAAACUCCGGCGGCCGCUCAAGCGGAACCGCAUCACCGAGGGCAUCUACGGCAGUACUUUCCUGUACCUGAAAUUCCUGGUAGUUUGGGCCCUUGUUCUGCUGGCUGAUUUUGUGCUGGAAUUCAGAUUUGAAUACCUGUGGCCAUUCUGGCUUUUCAUCAGGAGUGUUUAUGAUUCCUUCAGAUACCAGGGAUUGGCCUUUUCAGUAUUUUUUGUUUGUGUAGCAUUCACAUCAAAUAUCAUAUGCUUACUCUUCAUACCGAUACAGUGGCUGUUCUUUGCUGCCAGCACAUAUGUUUGGGUACAGUAUGUCUGGCAUACAGAGAGGGGUGUGUGUUUACCAACGGUAUCACUGUGGAUACUGUUUGUUUAUAUUGAAGCAGCAGUUAGAUUUAAAGAUCUUAAAAACUUCCAUGUAGAUCUUUGUCGGCCUUUUGCUGCACACUGUAUCGGUUAUCCUGUGGUGACUUUGGGCUUUGGCUUCAAAAGUUAUGUUAGCUAUAAAAUGCGAUUAAGAAAGCAAAAAGAAGUGCAGAAAGAAAAUGAAUUUUACAUGCAGCUUCUGCAGCAAGCCCUGCCGCCGGAACAGCAAAUGCUACAAAGACAAGAAAGAGAAGCAGAAGAGGCAGCCAAAGGAUUGUCAGAGAUGGAUUCUUCAAUACUUUUACAACACAAUGGAGGUAUUCCAGCUAAUAAAAAGUUAUCUGCAACACUACCGGAACUAGAAUAUAGAGAAAAGGGGAAAGAAAAAGACAAGGAUGCCAAAAAACAUAACCUUGGAAUAAAUAACAAUAUACUGCAACCUGUAGACUCUAAAAUACAGGAAAUUGAAUACAUGGAGAACCAUAUCAAUAGUAAAAGAUUAAAUAAUGAUCUUGUGGGAAGUACAGAAAACCUCUUAAAAGAGGACUCAUGCACUGCCUCGUCCAAAAAUUACAAAAAUGCUAGUGGAGGUGUGAACUCCUCACCUCGCAGUCACAGUGCAACUAAUGGGAGCAUCCCUUCUUCAUCUGCUAAGAAUGAGAAAAAACAGAAAUGCACUAGCAAGAGUCCAAGCACACACAAAGACUUAAUGGAAAAUUGUAUUCCUAAUAACCAGCUGAGCAAACCAGAUGCACUGGUAAGGUUGGAACAAGACAUUAAGAAGUUGAAGGCGGACCUGCAGGCAAGCAGGCAGAUUGAACAGGAGCUGCGUAGUCAGAUCAGUUCUCUGACCAGCACAGAGCGAGGGAUUCGGUCUGAAAUUGGACAGCUUCGGCAAGAAAAUGAGCUGCUUCAGAAUAAAUUGCAUAAUGCUGUACAAAUGAAACAAAAAGAUAAGCAGACUAUUGGGCAAUUGGAGAAAAAGUUAAAAGCAGAGCAGGAGGCACGAACUUUUGUAGAAAAGCAGUUGAUGGAAGAAAAAAAAAGAAAAAAAUUAGAAGAAGCCACUGCUGCCCGCGCGGUUGCAUUUGCUGCUGCUACCAGAGGCGAAUGCACCGAAACAUUACGAAAUCGCAUAAGAGACCUGGAGACAGAGUGCAAGAAGUUAACAAUUGACAUAAAGGUGAAAGAAGAUCAGAUACGAGACCUAGAAAUGAAAGUUCAGGAGCUGCGGAAAUACAAAGAGAACGAGAAGGAUACAGAGGUGUUAAUGUCAGCGCUCUCAGCCAUGCAGGAUAAGACACAGCACUUAGAGAACAGCUUGAGUGCGGAGACAAGGAUCAAGUUGGACCUCUUCUCUGCAUUAGGAGAUGCAAAAAGACAGCUUGAGAUAGCCCAAGGGCAAAUCAUUCAAAAAGAUCAGGAAAUCAAGGACCUAAAACAGAAGAUCGCUGAAGUCAUGGCAGUCAUGCCCAGCAUAACGUACACUGCAGCCACCAGCACGCUGAGUCCCGUUUCCCCACAUUAUUCUUCCAAAUUUGUGGAGACCAGCCCAUCUGGACUUGAUCCCAACGCCUCAGUUUAUCAACCCCUGAAGAAGUAAAAAAAAAAAAAAAAAAAAAAGCCGCCACCUUUUCCGUUGGUCGACGCAGAAAGGCGGCAUCACACAGAAAAAUCUCUUGCAGUCAAGAUGACAAAAUCGUAUUGUGUUGGGACUGUGUACCAAUUUAUCGUUCGGGAAAAAAUUGAAAAAUAAAAAGAGGGAAAGUGGGGAGACAGAACCCCAACACCAAGGUUUGGCUAGAACUGCCCAUCUGUUUUUUUUCUUGUAAAUUUUUAGAAAACCUCACAGAACCUUUAACAGUUUUUUGUUUUUUUUCUUGGCCAACACAUUAAGGGGAAAACAGCCCACGACGCUUGGUUUUCGCAUUGCAAAUUCUGCCUCUCACUUUUUUUUUUGAAAAA